AUGUGUAAUAUGAUCAGCACAUUCUUCUGUUCUAUGUAUGCACCUGCUCACAACGGAUCACCGCCAACGAAGGCGUAUGACACCCCUUUUACCUUCUCCGAGGUCUCAGUGACUGUUGAAGCAAUCCAUAAAAGGCUGAGAGCUCUCAACGCUUCUACGGGAUGCGGUCCAGAUAACAUUACUCCUAGAGUCCUGAUACAUUGCCACGCCGAAUCAGCCCCCAUACUUCUCUUUUUGUUUAACUUGAGCUUGGCCAAGGGAGUUUUUCCUGAAAUCCUGAAGGAGGGUUACGUCGUACCCACUUUCAAGUCUGAUUACAGACAGGACGUAACUAAUUAUCGGACGAUUGUGAUCCUCUCAGUGAUGGGCAAGAUAUUGGAGGAUUUAGUGCUGGACAUCCUUCAGCCACUCUUCAAAAACAUCAUAAUUGAAGAACAGCAUGGCUUCAUGGCUGGGAGAUCUACCUUCUCGUAUGCUCCUUUGGCUACAGUCUCCAAAUUGACCAAUUAUGCUGCCGAGAGUCCUAGUAUGGUGGGGCUGAUUAUGAAAACUGCUAGACACGGCGUUAGCUCCGAUGCUCUUGUACUCUACAAGUCCUUUGCCCUCCAGCUGCUCGAAUAG